UGCAACAGCCAGCCAGCACAAGCUCAACGAGCCACGCUAGCGUUUGAGAGAACAAAAACAGUCCACCGACGUACGAUGGCGCCGAGCACCUUCCCGCGCGCGCUCCUGGCCGUGUCCCUCGUUCUCCUGGUGGUCGGCGGCCUCGGGCCGGCGGCGGAGGCACAGCCGCCGGGGAGGUGCGUGCCGCAGCUGAACCGGCUGCUGGCGUGCCGCGCGUACCUGGUGCCCGGCGCGGCCGACCCCAGCGCCGACUGCUGCAGCGCGCUGAGCUCCAUCUCGCGCGACUGCGCGUGCAGCACCAUGGGCAUCAUCAACAGCCUCCCCUCCCGCUGCAACAUCGGACAAGUCAACUGCUCGGCUUGAGGCGGAACGAAGAAACGAUGCGAGUCACAGAGUAACUAAUAAUGAAGGUGGUCAUUUCUGCCGUUGUUGCGGCAUGUCUGCCUCUUCGCCGCCGUCUUAGUUUUCGUUUGUCCAGUCUGUCGUGUCCUGCUGCUGCUGUCGAUCUCGACACGUUAAUAAAAUGGACGAUUUGAGGCACGGCCUCUCACUUUAA